AUGGCGUCUCGCGUAGCCAACAACGGCGGCAGCACUAGCAGCAGCCGAAACAACAAUAACAAUAGUAACGGCGGUAACGACGAAGGAGGAGGGGGACUGCGCACACCGCCGCCCACGUCACGCGGCGUGGUGUCCAUCCCGCGCGAUCUCUCACACACACCCGCCAUUGCCGGUCUUUCGCCCACGACCCAGACGCCGUUUAUGCAGCGCUGCCACGUGCGCCGCGGCGACCCUUAUGACGACAGCAACGGCAACAGCAACAACAACAACGAACACCAGCAACAGCCGCUAGAGCAUAUGACUAUCACAUUUGAGGAAGAGGGCCUGCAGCUCACCACAACAAGUCUCCUAGGAAGGGGUGGGUUCGGUCGCGUAUAUGCGGCGCGGUCGAACAGCGGUGAGCUUUACGCGCUGAAGGCCUCCGCCAAGAAAAUGUCAGAGAGCGACUGGGUGCGCCUGCGCAAGGAGGUGGCGCUCAUGAGUCAUUUCUCACGGCACCCCAACGUAGUGAAGUUCAUCGCAGCUGGGCGCGACGAGGAGUGCGCGUACGUCGUGAUGGAGUGCUGUGCCAGCCGCUCGCUGCAUGACGUCAUUGCCCACCACGGGCUUGGCGUGCAGGAGAUUCUGUGGGUGGGCUGGGCUCUCGUUGACACCAUCGCCUUCAUGCACGCCAAGGGCUGCAUCCACCGCGACCUCAAACCGCAGAAUCUCCUCUUUGACUUUGACGGUAACCUGAAGAUUACAGACUUCGGCCUGUCGAGCCGCAUCGCAGAGGCGCAGCCGCGCAAGACGGUGGCGGGCACGGCGAUGUACAUGGCACCGGAGAUUGCUGAGGCGGUGUACAAGCGCAUGACCAACGCGGGUGAGCAGCACUCACUGCAGUACGGACAGGAGGUGGAUACGUGGAGCAUCGGUGUGGUGCUCUACGUCAUGCUGACGCGCAUGAAUCCGUACAUACAGGCGAUGGAGAAGUCGGGGACGCGCGACAUGGACAAGACACAGAAAACACUGACACUCUUCAACGCUGUCGCGGGUGCCACGUGGAGUUGGCCACCGAACUGGUCCGGCGACCCAGAGCUUUGCGAUAUUGUCAACCGCACGCUCCACCGCGACCCGGCCAAGCGGGCGACGCUGAACGAGGUGCUACAACAUCCAGUGUGGAGCCGGCGGCCGCUGUCGUGCCCGCUCUCUCUGCUGCACAAGCUGAACUUGCUAGAGCGGUCGUCGCCCGCACGCUACAACGCUACACGCCGCUCGCUUAGCCGUGUCGCCGACAACCUCCCGUCACAAGCUGUAAAGAAGACGGUGGACGACGUGCUCAUGGAGGGGCUGCGCCGUGUUGUGCUGACGGAGCAGCGGGCCCGUGCACAGCUGGUGCUCGAGCACCACGAGACCCUACACGUGAUGGUGGAGCUGUUGAAGCUGUCAAGAGCUGAGAACGACUCCAGGCAAAGCAUUGAGGAGGACGAGGCAAGAUAUCGCACGAUCGUACAAAAUCAAAGAUUAACACGUCGGCAUCGGCGUAGUGGGAGCGAGGCACUUUUGUCAUCGUCAUCUGCAGCAGCAGCAGCAAAAACGGGAGCUGGAGCGGGUGCAGCAAAGCACCAUUCGCGCUCGCAUAGACAGUCCAGUGUGAUGCUGGUGGCGCCCGCACCGCUGGAGGAGGCGGAUGCGAGAAUAGUCCGAGCGUCGCCAGACAAAUACGCUGUUGUGUACCCUGGGCGAGAAACCGCAACACGUUGGUCUCUGCGUCCAGUGAUCUCACUUCCUCGAGACCUGAACAGCGAGAUAGAGGAGUUUAAAUGCAUGAACCAUCACAUCAUGACAAAACUGACCGCCAUGCCACAUGGGUACAAUGGAUUUGACUGUAAUGUGUGCGACCGCGAGAUCCUUAAGAUUAACCCAGAGACCCCAGCAUUCCGCUGCUACAAGUGCGACUACGACCUCUGCAUGAGGUGCGCGUACCAAGGCCGCCUUAAAGAUGUCAAUUUUGUCUGUGUAUCGUGCGCAAAGAAGUUUACAUCUGCUGCAAAGCUGCAGGCGCACUCAUUGCAGUGCCGCGGUCCAAGCUGGAGCCCGUCUCCGCGUAGAUCCUCGCGGAUGAACACCAUGUUGUGGGAGGAGCUGGAGCCGCAGCGCGGCAGUCUGCUGGACCUGCGCCUUCCCGGUGACUCGAAACCGCAGUCCAGUGGGCGCCCGUCGGGGCGCAGCUCGUUCGGUGGCCGCGCCUCGUCUGGCGGUCGCAUCAGCGUUGGCGACAGCCACGUGCCGUCUCCAGAGGACGUGGGCGCGAUGGUCCUUCAGCACCGCGAUGCGUCGUUCCCGGACAUGCCGGACUGGUCCUCCGCCAGACGCCACUCGGCACAGCAGGGGAGCGAAAGCCAGAAAAAAGCAUCAGGAGUAGGGCGAGGCGGCGAUGAUUCCAAUGGCAGUUUCUCUUUUGAGCUCCCACCUGAAAUUCGUCUGUCUAGGCAAAAGAAAGGGGAAAGAAUUCAGCCACGCAGCUCUGCGGAGCUGAAGGAGAUAAUAGAUGUGGAUUCCCCACCGUUAAAGAAGGGACGAGCAGAGAAUCAGAGGGAAGGAAGCACUUCUCCCUAUAAGCUCAACGACAAGGGUAAUAUCAUCGGUAUAGCCGCGCAGCAUCGGGCUGCAAGGGAAGCCAGUCUUCAGCCGCAGUUGCAGGAGGGGCAGCAGCAGCAGCAGCAACAACAACAACAAGCAGGUCAAGGAGUCAUACUUAUUAGAGCAGAGACAGCGGCAAAGCCACAGGAGAUGCAAAAGCAGCCUCGAGUGCCGCGGAGCGCAUCGGCUAGUCGUAUCGCGAGCACCGUGUCUGCUGCUGCAGACAACGCGAGGGAGAAUCCAGCAGCAAAGCACCAUGUAGCACAGAAGGAACGUCAUGCUACUACCAUUACUACCAACAUUACUGCUGCUGCUACUACUACUACUACUACUACUACUACUCAGAUGCCGCAGAUGCCACUGAGGCCGCGCCAGCCGUCAACCAGCGGCAUGAUGUAUGGCGGACCCCCGCUGCCACGCAAAGGCCCCGGCAUGCCUCAGAAUGCACCCCGCCCGAUUCCGCAGGCAAUUCCACCGCCGAACUUUCCGACGCCGCGGCAGCCAUCGCAUCCGCUAGCGCCCGCCGGUGGCGACACGCGUCAGUUCGGCGCGGGCGGUACCCAUCUCAGUUCCGGUGGAAAUAACGCGUUCCUGGCACUUCCGCGGGAGGAGCAGAACCGACAGCGUUUCGUGGAUGACUUCCUGAGCGGUGGCUGGGUACGCUUCUACUCCUUCACCAAUGAGGAGACAGUGGUGAUGUAUUACUGCCUGCAGCCCGGCCGCUAUGGCGCGAUGUUUCCGACGGAGGCUGGCGUCGGCACGGCGGUGGUGGACGUCCACUCGAAGCUGGUGUUGUACGUGCCAUGCAUGGACAACGAGAGUACCAACCGCAGCCAACCGCACCCGCACGUGCAGACGUUUUACGACGAGGACGUGCGUCUGCUGAGCGUGUCAGAGGCACAGCGCUACCUCGGCAGCGUCCUUGAGAGCAUCAUGGGCUUCGUGAAGGAAAUUGCGCGGCUGCGCGCGGAGGGGCUGACGCCAGCCGCUGUGCACGCGGCGUACAUCCACCAGCGCGACCGUACUUCCGUACCGACGGACACAAAGUUCGCGUACGUGCGCAAAGUGUUCCCCGACCCCUCCGGCUCCUUUACGCUGUUCCGCCUCUCCAACCUCCGCUCACAGGUGGUGUGCAAUGCGCUCAUGGACAUUCGUUGGCAGAGUGACAGGCGGCAUAACGUGGGGCAGAAGUACUACGUUCUCGCGGAUGGCACAGCGGAGCCGUUUUUGGUCGAUCACACCGGCAUUCUCGCGCAGGUGGAGGCGGUGCUGAGUAACAACUUCCGGCGCUGA